AUGUGCACUACUUUAACUGGACGCGGUUUACUGAAAACUAACAUCGAAAGAGAAUCGUUAAUUUUUAACGACAAAAUGUCGCUUUUAACAGACGAUCAAAACCAUCAAACAGCAGCGCUGUCGUUAAAAACCGCGACGAUGGGUACAAAAUGGAAGUCAUCUAUUGAUAAACAGGCCACAUUAAAGAAGAAAUUAAAUCAAGAAGCUGCAGUCAACGGUGGAUUUUCUUUUGGGAAAAAGUCAACACCUUUGAAACUAUCACAUUCACUGUGUCGUGAGGAAGGCGAUGGAAACGAUGUCGGUGAAGUGUAUGGGAUCGAGAUGCAGGAGCUAGCUACAGUCACAGAUCGCAUGGCAGUAUCUGCCGGUCGUCGGGUCAUUGCUCAAAGGAUUGGCAACAUUGGGCGCAUUGCACAGAAUGUGUCACUGGAUUACGUAUCACAAACAGACGACCCUGAGUUGAAACCAAAACCGGUGGAAAUAGAGAGCAAUGAAUACAUCGUAGACGACGACAUGCCAAUGCAGAUUGAUAUCAAAUGGAAGAAGCCAGAAAAUGCAGACAAGUUUAAAUCGCUGACAUAUAAAAUAGACAUUAAACCAGAAUCUAUUGCUGAUAACUGGACGACAGUUGGAUUAGUGAAGUUCCCUGUGUUUCGGGUAUACCACACAGAUGGUAAACUACUUUUGGGGAAAGUACACGUGGCAAGACAGUCUCAUGAUCUUAUUUACCUAUUGCGGUGCCAGGUUUUGGGGGAAGUAAGCCAAACGAGCGAGAGUUGUGUGUUGGAAAGUACGUGGAGCCGGAGUGUCGCGUUAAUCUUCCGUGGUUAUCGAGAUAAACCCCAAGCUGAUAUGUUUUUUAAUUUGUGA